UCGGUUCUUCGUAGGCAGCAGGCAUAUUCCUACCCAUUAGACCAUAUUCUCUUUGCAUCAACCUCUCUCUAUCAGCGUAUUAUACGCCGUUACCGGAAUCCGUUCAGGUUACGAUUCCGGCGAUCUCUUUCGUGAUCCUAUUCUUUCCCACCGAGAUUUUCUCUUCAACUUCAUAUUCCCAAACUCAGUUAAAACUGAAGCUUCAUCAACGCAAUCCGUUGUUACUUAUACUAAUUUUAAGCGCUUAUGGAUUCAGACGGAGGCGGCAACAGGCGCGUCUACAAACGGCCAGGAAUAGACUCCUCCAAAAACCAAAAAGUCUGUUUUCAUUGGCGGGCCUGUAAGUGCACCCGUUUCCCUUGCCCUUUCUUGCACAGCGAACCGGCUUAUCCUUCUGGCUCCGCCGCCUCCGCCACCGGUAAUGGGUCUGGUACGCCCAAACGUUUCGCCGAUGAUUGCGGAUUCUCGGGUCAGCUCCCACGCCGAAGCCCGAACUUCAAAAAUAAGCAUAAUAAUAGUUGUGGGAGAAUGGGAGCGAACAAGGUGGUUAGAAAAACGGAGAAAGUAUGUAAUUUUUGGGUUCGAGGUAACUGUAGUUAUGGAGACAAGUGUAAGUUGUUACAUUCAUGGAGUUUAGGGGAAGGUUUUAAUAUGUUGAAUCACCUUGAUGGGCACCAGAAACUUGUUAGUGGAAUCGUGUUGCCAGCAGGUAUGGAUAAGCUUUUUAUGGGAAGUAAAGAUGAGACUUUGAGGGUUUGGGACACUAACUCUGGUCAGUGUACGGGUGUGAUUAAUCUUGGUGGUGAAGUAGGUUGCAUGAUCGGUGAAGGUCCUUGGCUGUUUGUUGGCAUACCAAAUGAUGUCAAAGUAUGGAACACCCAAACUAACCAAGAGCUUACUCUUAGUGGACCUGCUGGACAAGUUUAUGCUAUGGUUGUCUUUAAUGAUUUGCUCUUCGCUGGUACACAGGAAGGUAUAUUGAUAUGGAAAUUUAAUGCUGUCACAAACACCUUUGAACCAGCAGCAUCACUUAAGGGUCAUACCCUUCCUGUUGUAUCGUUAAUUGUUGGAGCUAAUAGACUGUACUCAGGUUCCUUGGACCAUUCUAUAAAGGUCUGGAGUCUGGAAAAUUUGCAGUGCAUACAAACUCUGACCGAGCAUAAUGAUGUCGUGAUGUCCUUCCUUUGGUGGGAUAAGUUUCUUUUGUCUUGUUCAUUGGACAAGACCAUUAAUGUGUGGGUGACUACUGAGAAUGGAAACCUGGAAGUAACAUACACUCACAACGAAGAGAAUGGUGUGCUUAAUCUUCGAGGAAUGACUGACUUGGAAUCCAAGCCUGUCUUGCUGUGCGCAUGCAAUGACAGUUAUGUCCGGCUCUUUGAUCUGCCCUCGUUUUCCGAGAGGGGUAAGAUUUUUGCUAAGCAGGAGAUUUGAGCCGUUGAAGUAGGUCCUAGCGGUCUGUUUUUCACCAGCGAUGGAACUGAUUUUAAAGUGUGGAAAUGGGCAGAACCAGUUGCCAUAUCCUGAUGCCUUGCACCAUUUUAUAACACAUUCAUCAGUAUGUAUUUUUGUAUUAUUAUUUCAUUUUGUUCUUCCUUCCGGGGAGGUUUUCAAGUUCGCGGGAGAAAUCGUGGUCCGGA